CCUAAAUAGAGGAAAUAAACGAAAAUAAUCUUGGACCUAUUUCACACACAGUUCACACCGAUUCUUCUUCCAAAUUCACGAUCCUUGCUUGUUAAGAAAGAACAAAAUCAUUAUCACGCGCACUUUAUAUCAUCUUUCUUAGUGAUUUUGAUCGAAAGUUGAAAACGUUAACGAUGUCGAUGCUCAAUUCGUUUUUCGCUCAGGGUUUUAAGGCUUCUAAGUGGUUUCACCGACAGGAUCUGUAGAACCAAAAUAAAAGAAAGAAUUGUUGCAGAUUUGGAAGUGAUAGACGGCAAAACUCUGCUUAAACUGUCAAUUCCACGGAUAAAGUUACUCAGAAACAGAAGAGAGAAUCAAUUGAAGAAUAUGCGACGUGAGAUUGCCAAGUUACUUGAGACUGGUCAAGAAGCCACGGCUCGCAUUAGGGUAGAACAUAUUAUUAGAGAAGAGAACAUGAUGGCCGCUCAAGAGAUCCUUGAACUAUUUUGUGAACUUGUUUCUGUCCGCCUUCCAAUAAUUGAAUCUCAAAGGGAAAUUCCCCUAGACUUGAAGGAAGCUAUAUCCAGUAUAUGUUUUGCUGCCCCAAGGUGUGCCGAUCUUCCAGAGUUAAUUCAAGUUCAGCAGCAAUUUGCAACCAAAUAUGGGAAGGAGUUUAUUUCUGCUGCUACUGAGCUUAGACCAGAUUGCGGUGUUAAUCGCCAGAUAAUAGAGCUUCUGUCAGUUCGUGCUCCUUCACCAGAAAAGAAACUCACUCUUCUAAAAGACAUUGCUGUUGAACAUGAGCUAGAUUGGGAUCCAGCUACUGCUGAAACUGAGUUCUUUAAAAAACAUGAAGACUUACUGAAUGGUCCGACUGAAUUUUUUGGUGGGUCAAAAUUGCCCCUUGCUGAAGAAAAACAUGACGAGGAGUUGUAUUCCACUCAUGAUGUUCAUGAUACACCGAAAAAAGAGCAGCUUGAUUCUGAUUCUGACUCUGACAUGUUAGAUUUUCCUGAAGUUCCUAAGACAUACGUCCAGAUGCAAUCUUUGCCAACUGCAAAUUUUGGCACAGCUCCUGAUACGGUUACACCUCCAGGAGGUAUGCCACACCCUGAAGUUGAUCUUCAUUCAUCAAGUCAUUCUGAAGAUUUUACAGAUUUGAAGCAGGAACAUGUUGAAUCAACAGUUCACAGAGAUGAAUCACAUACUUCAUUUGGUAAAACGGAAAGUAAACAAUUUUCGCCAUUCAUCGCGCCUCCAUCAGAAUCACCUGCAUCAUAUAAUCCAGGGCAUAGUGACUCACCUACCUCCUUCCCAACAGAAAAAUCUAUCUCCUCUCCAUCACUAUCAUCUGCACCAUAUAGUGCAAGGCAUAGUGACUUGCCUCCCUUCACUUCAGCUGCAAAAUCUGAAUCUCCUCCGUCAGAAACGGUUGCAUCAUAUAAUGCAACAAAGCAUAGUGACUCACCUCCCAAAUUGUCAACCACGAAAUCUGAAUCUAAUGUUGACUUGAAUGAUGUUGUAGCUGCCGCACAUGCUGCGGCUGAAACUGCUGAGCGUGCUGCAGCUGCAGCACGUUCAGCAGCUAGCCUUGCUCAACUUCGUAUUAGUGAGCUUACCAAGAUGAGAAGUAAUGAACAUAUACCUGACAGUAGCUCUGAGAAUCCAUUUUACGCUGGAGGCAACAAUGAGACUUCAACACCAGAAAGGGAUCAUAAAAGUGCUAUAGGUAACCCCUAUGCCAAUGUUUUUAAGGAUCAUGAUAUUCAUGAGGAUCAUAAUGCUUCCAUAGGUUCUCAUUCAUCAAGUUUUCCUUCAUUUGACACACUCAAGGAAGAUUUUGAUUCUUCCCCACCCACUGAUCGUGUUUUGGAUGACAAAUCCAAUAGUCACCAGCCUAAGAGACUACCUUCGAUGGAUGAUGACACAUAUUUCUCGUAUCCCAACUUAUUUAACUCUCAAAACUCAAAUGUUGGAUCUCAUACUCAUUCAGAUAAUAGCCGUUCCACUUACGAUAUGUAAGAGAGAAUUAUCAUUCCAACCACAGAAUUCCUUCAGACUGAACUCGGAAAUCUUGCUUGUGAGUGUGUUUUAUGCUGCUGCAGAGUCCACCGUUUUUUUGUUUUUCUUUUCAAAGAGCAUGCGAUUCCCGUCUAUACUAUCUUCAUAGUACAUAUACUACUGGCUGGCUUUGCAUAAUGAACAAUACCGAAAAUAUUCAAUUGCUUUUGUCCAAAAAGCCUUCCUGUUUGUGCCUGGUGGGGCUGCUAUGGUGUGGAAAUCUGGUUGUUCCAGAAUAAAACCAUUCAGCUCCGUUUUUCGUUAUUUACAUUAUAGGAGGCUACGGGACAUGUAAUACGUUCGAAACUUCAUUUGUAAUUAUUGUAAACUGUUGCAUAUUACAGUGUGAGUGUUAUCCCUUUACUUAAAUGCAUUCAAAUUUAUCACAUCUUAAGGUUA